CUGCCUGUUGGUGCUCCAUACCUAUUACACUCGGUGCCAGAGGGAAACAAAGCAGAGGCCGAGUAUGUAGUCUCUAGGUCUGAUCCUCCUAGGGCUGAUCUCGUUACUGUGACUGGACCAGGGUUAGGUCCCGUUGUAGUCCAACAAUCCACGUACGUUUCCAUCGACACCACAUUCGCCGGAUUUGGUGACAUUGAUUUGUUUGUCGACGGACCAACAAGAACUCCAGUUCAUUGUGUGGAUAAUCGUGAUGGAACCCUAACAGUGUACUACGUACCCCAGACACCGGGUGUGUACUUCCUGAGAGUAAUGUUCGAUAAUAGUCAUAUUUCCGGCAGUCCUUUCCAAGUACUAGCUGUUCCAACCAUAGUAACAUCAUCGCUAAUGGCGGAUCACGAUAAAACUGAUUUCUCUUUUUCUUCAAUGUCAAGUGGCUCACCUACAUCGCAGACCACUCCAUGUGUCCAGUGA